GGUUCCAGAAGGCGGAGCAUUGAGGCCAGUGUGGCAGCUGUCUUCUCUCCUUGCCACUCAGUGAACCCAGACCCUACAGAGCCCACAGCUCCCAGCUGAGCGCUCACAGUCCCCGCGCUGCGCCGUAGUCACCACAUCUCCAACUCCUUGCGCUCGCCCUCUCCCGGACACUGCAGAGGGGGCAGCUCUUGGGCACUCGGAGGAACAGCACGCUCCCUGCACAGGCUGCAUCGGCUGCAUCCCGGGUUCCGCAGACUGCAGCUCAGCCUGUGGGCUCGGUGACUGGAAAAUGCCGACUUGUACCUGAGGUCCCCACCCCACUCCGUCUGCUCCCAGAGCGACGGCAGGGGGCGGGGUAAAGGGGGCGGAGGACUCCGAUUCCCUUGUGGACCCAGGAAGUUGUCCUUUAAAAAGCACAUCUUCAGCCCGCCUUUGAGCGCCGCCUCGUCAGAGCAGCAUGUGGACUGGUUCGCCAGGUCCCCUAAGUGUUCUGGGCUGCUGCCGCCGCCGCCUCAGUCCGAGCAGCCACUGUGGGCAGCGAGAGCCACGCGCAGGUCGUGGAGCAGGGGCGCGCGGGCACUCUGUCCCCAGCUUGCUGCUGGGCUCUUCUUCUCAGGAGGUGGCAGUCACUGUUGCUGCGGAGAAGCCAGCCUGCAUCUCCCUGCCUGUUGGACGCUCAGUGAGGAGUUGAGAUUGCACCUCCAGCCGGGACCCACAUGGCUUGUUACCUGGUCAUCAGUUCAAGACAUCUCAGCAAUGGGCACUACCGGGGCAUUAAGGGAGUCUUCAGAGGGCCCCUCUGCAAGAAUGGAUCUCCGUCUCCGGACUUUGCAGAAAAGGAGAAGUCUACGGCAAGAGCCCUGGAAGAUGCAAAGGCAAACUUUUACUGUGAGUUGUGCGACAAGCAAUAUAGCAAACACCAGGAGUUUGACAAUCACAUUAAUUCUUACGACCACGCUCAUAAGCAGAGAUUAAAAGAAUUAAAGCACCGAGAAUUUGCUCGAAACGUAGCUUCCAAAUCAUGGAAAGAUGAGAGGAAACAAGAAAAAGCACUUAAGCGGCUCCAUCAGCUGGCUGAGAUGCGGCAACAAUCUGAAUGUGUUUCUGGAAACGGACCAGCAUACAAAACCCCAAGGAUAGCCAUGGAAAAGCAGCUCCAGCAGGGAAUUUUCCCAGUUAAGAAUGGCAGAAAGGUUUCCUGCAUGAAAAGUGCCCUUCUCAAGGGGAAGAAUGUGCCCAGAAGCACCAUGGAGAAGCAGCGACCGGCCAUGCCAAACCGACAACAGCUACAAUCAGAUAGGCAACACUUGUUUGGGAAUCUGAUAACACAAACAUCUUCAGAUCUCAGCAAUGCAAACCACAGGACAGGAGUUUCAUUUUCAUUUUCAAAAAAAGCCUAUCUAAAAUUAGAAUCCUCAGCCUCCGUUUUCAGUGAGAACACAGACGAUGCACAUGAUUGUAACAAGUCACCCACCUAUAAAGUCAAACGAACAGUUGAGAAAUGCAAGUGUUGCAGGCUUGCAAAGGAGGGUGCAGACCUUGGUGCAGACCUUACUAAGGAAGAAGGUGUCCUCUCAUCAAACCAUCUGGAGGGUGUUUUAAACAACACCUUCCUGAUGAACUCAAAAAUUUCACACAACAAGCAUGAACCUAUUAACAGGAGACUGAAACAUUCAGGCAUUCAUGCAGUUUUUUCUAAAUCUCACUUCCAUGUUUCAGAGAGAGAGCUUACUCUUUCCAGCAGAGAGAAAGAGAUUAAGAAUGCAUUGAGGAAUACUUCAGAAAACUGUACUAGUCACCGAUGCCAAGCAAAUGAAUCCUCCAGUCCACUAAACAUUUACAGGCACAGUGAUAGUAGGUGGUGUGAAUGCCCGGAUGAAUUUUUGCCUUCAGGACCAAGUGAGCAAAAGACUCAAGCACAUCGAAUUCCUAACUCCAGAACAGAGGACAGAACAAAGUCUUUAGACAAAAUGGAAAGGAUGAGCAAAAAUGUGCAAAGACUUUGCAGAGAAGAUUGUUCACAUGAUCUGAAGUCCAAACCAUUGUCUUUCCUCCGUGUACAGAGCAAGGAUGGUCACACCACUCUACAGUGGCCUACAGAACUUCUCUUCUUUACCAGAACGGAACCUUGCAUAUCUUAUGGCUGCAAUCCUUUAUAUUUUGACUUCAAACUGUCUCGCAACACAAAGGAUGAGCGUAAUUCGAAGAAUAUAGAAACAGAGUUGGUGACGGAGGCUUUAGAAGUGAAGACAAAAACAGAGAGCCAAGUCUCAGGAUUAAUUAAAGAACAAGAAAAAUCGACACAGGAAAAUCAAUCUCUGAAACCAAAGAUGAUUAUGGCUAACCCAGAUUGGGGAACGUUCCAGAGAAAAUACAGUCUGGACUCCAUUGAUUCUGACUCUACUGUGAGUGAACAUGCUAGUCUAAGAGACUUGGAAAUGGAAAGUCCUGAAGUGCCUGCUUACCUUAAUCUGUCUCUAAAGGAUGGUUUAGGAAACAAUGAUGCUGACGAUACUGAAUUUACGGAAGUAUCAAAUGCCCAUUGGCAAAGUUGCAAACGGACAAUUCGCAAUAAUGCCUGUGCGGGUCUGUCUUUCUCUCCUCAUAUAUCACGGACUAAAAACCACAAGCGGAAUUCCCAUAGUCCACGGUCAGAGUUUGAAGAAGAAAACCAACAUACCUGGAAUCUUAGUCUUUACACAUCAGGGGAUCACAGUGAACAUGGGAAGGAUACAGGUGCAAGUUUAAGUAGCUGUGACAUCAGUACGGCCAGCAGAGCGUCUACAAGUAGGAAAGCAAGUUAUGACAGAUAUUCUCCAGUGUCACCUCUGAGGGCCCAUCCCAGAACUGUGCAUGAAUCUUCUAGAAACAUGUCCAGCUGGAGAAACAUGUGUACAAAUCAUAGGUCUAAGGGGAGUAACAGCAGUCAUUUGCUCUACUUCUGUAAAAGAGAAUGUGACCCGGUUGAAAGGCACGUGUGCACACACAGAAAGCACAAUAGCCUCUACAUGUCUGAUGUGCCUCUAUAUGGUCAUUGUACUCAGUCAGAAACACAGAGAGAUGGGAGUGGUAAACUAUCAGAUUCAUUUAAAACUAAAAAACGAUCAAAACACAGAGACCAUCACUGCAGAGAAAGGUACAAACUGAGUAAAAAUCAACAAUCGGUAGGGCCCAAACUACCCAGAAUUUUCCAUUGUGAUUCUGCCUCUCGGCUUUCAAUUGAAGAAACGAGUGAAAAAUCCUUAAAUGGCCGGGAACUUCAGCACAGCAAAUUGGCUUCUUAUUUGAGACAGAGAGCUUACUGCUUAAAUAAAAACAAGAGGAGCCAAAAAUCUUUAGCCGGCCUUCACAUUGGUGGUGCGGGAAAAGUUAAGUGCAGACGAUGUAACUCGGGCACUCCCAACUACCUUCUAAGGAGUUGUACAGAUGGCCCUUCAGAAACCACACAGUCAAACAUUCCAGAUGGAGAAGGGACAUCUCUGACUGCCAAGGGUCUUUUGGAAAGAGUGCAAGCCAAGAAGUGUCAGGAGCAAUCAACAAAAUUAGAGCUCUCCUCAAGCAGUUGUUUAAAAGAAUCGCAGACUCAUUUACAAACUCAAUGCACAACUCAACGUGGGCCACCAAGUUGUAGGGGAGCAGCAUUGCCUUUUUCAAAGAGGAGGCAACACAUAGGCAAAAGAAAAAAUGAUAAAGGUAACAUGGUUCAUAAAACGUCUGACAAUGACAAAGUCAAAAACUCACAAAAAAGUAACUCGACCAUUUUGUCAGCCACUGAAUGUGAUAACUAUCUUUCCAAAGGCAUAAGUGAUUCAGUGACCGACUCUCAUUCUUUAAGCAGAAGAAACAACCAUACCGCAAAGGAACCAUCUAAAUCUUCAAUUAGUGAAGUCCAGCCUUUUCUUCAAAGCUGUGACCCAGUACCAAAUGAUUUUCUUGGUGCUUUUCCAUCUAACAAAUAUACUGGUGUAACUGAUUCAACAGAGACCAAAGAUGACCAGAUAAAUCUUGACUCAGAGGGUGUAAGCAUGUCUGUAAAUCAUGUGGAGGGGAAUAUAAACUCUUAUUAUGACAGAGCUAUGCAGAAGCAUGACAAAAUGGAAGAUGAAUUAGAGGAGUGUCAUAAGUCUCUGUCACCCCCUUUAAUUCAACAGCCCAUAACAUUUUCUCCCGAUGAGGUAGACAAGUACAAACUUCUCCAGCUACAAGCCCAGCAGCAUAUGCAGAAGCAGCUCCUGUCAAAGCAUCUCCGAGUGUUGCCUGCUGCAGGGUCCACUGCCUUCUCUCCUGCCUCCGCCGUGCAGACAGUGCCCGUCCACCAGCACACAUCCAUCACCACCAUACACCACACAUUUCUACAGCAUUUUGCUGUUUCAGCUUCCAUAAGUUCUCACAGCAGUCCCCUCCCCGUAGCUCAUCUCCACCCUCUGUCACAGCCACAUUUUACUCCGAUUUCAUUUUCAACCAUGGCUCCAACCAUUAUCCCUGGACACCCUACUUUCCUGGGUCAUCCUUUACAUUUAGUCACGGCUGCCCCCUUCCACCCAUCACAUAUGACGUUCCCGCCCCUGCCUUCUGCAGCGUUUAUUCCUACAUUGUUUGGUCCUCAUUUAAACCCAGCCACCACUUCUAUUUUCCACUUGAAUCCUUUAAUACAACCAGUGCUACAAGGUCAAGAUCUUUGCCAUCUCUCUUGCUCCAGCCAAAUGCAACAGUUAAGUAGUGUGAAAGAGACCUUAAAUAUGGCAGUACACUUGAACUAAUCGUUAUUACAGCUCAUCUUACGAGUAAAUAACCCCAGUUGUUGCUACUUGUAAAGCAAUGCAGAAACAUCGUCUCUCUUGUUAGCAAAACAUUUAAAAUUAUGGUGCAAUUCCAAAUGUAACUAAUUCAUACAUAUAAACUGAACUAUCAGUAUUGAAAUGGGAGCCUUUUAAGAACUUCUUUUUCUGACGAAUAGAGCAAAUUAAGAUAAUUUAUGAGAAAAAAAAGUGCUGGUUUGAGAAGAAUUGUGAAUUAGUGCUAUAAACUGGUAAGAGGAAACAUUCUGGGAUAACAUAAAUAUUGUGAAGAAGACAUAAAACACCCUGUGUUUGAAGUGUUUGCUGAAUGAGCUCUGAAUGAAUGUGAAUUUCAGUUUUACUUUUCAAAUAAUAGUAACAUUUCAGUAAAAUGAAUAAAUAAUUAAGGAGAAGCCCUAUUGUUAAAUGUUGACUGUGCUACUAAUGAUAUUGUCUAUUUAAGACCUAUCUCAUAGGACCCAAGAGAUUUUAAUAAAUAUUCUGAUGGAUACAAACCGAGGACAACUACACAACUAACUUUAUAAUAGUAGAAAUUUUGUGGAAGGUCUAUUUUCUUCACUUCACAUGUAACAAUAUCAUGAUAAUCUUGUAAGAAUCACUAGAAUUAGGAGUUAAGAAUGUUUAAAUUUUAUGUUAGGAAGCGUACAAAAGAUACUGUUAGUGUUUGACAAUCAAAAAUAAAAUAUCCAUAGAAUAACAUUUUACAUACAAAUUGGUAAUUCUUUUAAACAUUGUCAAAACACAUCAAAAAAAUCAAGUUUUAUUUACUUUAUUACAUCUAAUCUUCACUGUGCUCAGAUAUAAAAACACCAAGCUUAAAAGAAUGAAUUUUAUAAUUAUAAAACAAAUUAUCAUCCAUGUAAUCAAAUAUUCAUUUGAAAGUCUUCCUGGCCCAUAGAAUUUAUACUUCUUAUAUUACUUGCGAACUGCCAUCUAUUUGAGGUGUAACUUAAUAUUCUUAUAAUUAUAAGUGUAUGUACACUUACAUAUCCCGUAACUAUGGCUUUAUAAAAAGGGAGAUAGCAGAAUAGGUUGUAUCCUAUACCCAAUAAUGAGCUGACGCUGUAAACUUUGACAUCUGGGUAGGAUGAACCUUUCUCACUCAUCCUUGGAGAAAGGCAGCUACAUUUACUGAAUAUAUGCGCUUCAUUUCAGAUGGGUGAAACCAUUUAUCCCACUUUUUCUCAUCCCAGCACGUCUGAAGAGAUGAAUAUUAGCAUUCCUCCUUUGCUUAAUGAAAUAUAAGAGAACUAUAACAGCUGAGUUUUCAUAUAUGGUAUAAAAGAUACAUUUGCUGCUGAAGAGACAAACAGGAGGGGAUUAAAUAAAUAAAUGAAUAAAUGAAUAAAUAAAUAGUUUUAAAAUAUUAACAUGGAGAAUAAAUGUACUUACCAAAGUAAUACCAAACAUUUUGAGAUAGGGGCUUAUAUUGGAAUAUAGACUUGACAAAGUCUAACCUAUUUUAAAUGAAUAAAAGAUAGAUAGAGAGAGAGAGAGAGAGAGAGAGAGAGAGAGAGAAGAAAGACAUAAAAUAUACUUUGGCACUUGGUUUGGCACAUUUUCUUUUAUCUUUGAGAGUUGACUAAUAUUUUACCUAUCAACAAAACCAAAUCAUGAGCUUGGAUAUCUGUAAGACCCUUAAACAUUAAGAGUGUUUUGUCUUUUAGAAUUAUUUUGGAUUUUUGCUGUUCCUUUUAUGGUUUUGUUCUCUUUCACUAAAAGGAUGGUAGGCAUUGACGAUGAAAUGGCAUUAAAAUAAAACCUAAUAAGUUUGUAAAACAAACACAAAAAGCAUAUACUCAAAUACAACUUGCACACAGUUCCACAAAAGUAACUAUUAAAAUGGGUGCAUUUAAAAUAAAUCAUCAUUAAAAGAAAAUGAAAGGAAACAUUAUAUAUAUAUAUAUAUAUAUAUAUAUAUAUAUUAUGCUUUGCCUCCCCCCAAAUCAAAAUAUGUUGUAGAUAAUUAAUUUCUUGACAAUAUUCCGAAGAUGAACAAAUCCAAGACAAGGUGAUUUUGAACAAUAACUAGAAGUCUUAUUACAGAAAAAAAAACAGAGCACUUGGUUAAUUUUUAAAUUGCCUUGGUGACAAUCUAGACUGUUAAAAGGUUAAAUCAGUCAACUUUUCUACUGGUCCCUUAGAUAGAUCAAUAUAAGUGGGUAGUUUGGGAACAUCUGCACCAUCCUGCAUCAGCACUGAUGAAAGUGCUCAUUGGAUAUCCCAUCUCAUGAAAUGGCACGAAGGUUUUACCACUUAAACAAAAACAACUUUUACUUGAAGGUUAACAGGUAUAAUGUUGUGGCAUCAAAUAGAGGAAAGGCACAACUAAAAUCUGCGUUCCACAUGAUCUGUGAAAUCCAAGCUGGAUUUCAGUUCCUAUUUCACCUUCGGAGGAAUAUGUGCUUGAAAAACUGAAGCAGAAAGAAUUCUAAGUCUACUUUCAAUUCUAAACUAGACUCAUUAAAAUCAAACUCUGAUGGAUCAUAUUUUGAGUAUCAUAUCCUUUAAAUUAUGUGAUAAUAGGUUUGAGCAAUCUUCUAUUAAAUAGUAAAUAUAUGAGAUAAGUGUUUGGUGAUCUUACUCUUUACUCCAAGGCAUUGGGCCUUCUUUAGUUUCUUCUGGGAACCAAGACUAAACGAAAGAGAAAUACUGUUGAGAAUGAUUGUAAAAUAUGUAUGCACAUGUUGACAUAUGUGCACAUGAACACUGAGAUAUGACUAUAUAUUUUUAUCCUUGAAGAUUAGAAUCAUUGCCCAAUCCUAUGGUCUCAAUGAAUUAAUGCAUGGUUCAAGAUAUUAGCUGCUUUGUAUGGUGAUCUACCCAAUGAGUAAUAGUUAUUUCUUAUUUUUCCAAGGAAAAAAUGCAAUAGAUCUACAAAUUUGUCCCCUAAUAUGCUUUCUAAGUUCACUUUUAUAUGUUAUAAAUAACAAAAUAUGAGAAAUGUUUAGCGAGUAGAGAAUGAUUUACAAAUAAAAUGCGAGGCUUUGUCUCCUCUAACAUGC